GCUUGCAUAUCAGCCUCACUGCUCUAACGUAAUUCUCAAAGGCUAAUUCUUUGUGAUGGUGUAUAGGAGGCAGGAAACCUAAAGCAAGAACCAGAAUCAUUAACUGAGCCAGAAAGAAGGACUCUAAACUCUGGUCCAGGGGAAGAAAAAGCUCCUCUUGACGAGAGAAACAGUGAGCCUGUGGAAAACCAAGAGGAGAGUAUCCAAGAAGAGAAUCCAGUUAUGAACUUCUUCAAAACACUAGUGACUCCCACUAAAACAUCCAAAAAGGAAACAGCUACUCCCGAUGCCACAAAAGAGCAGUCCCAGAAGGAGGCCGAGCCAGCGCCAACCACUACUGUUGCGCAAGUGUCUGAGCCACCUGCAGCUGCAUCCAAAGGAAUGUCUAUCCCACCACCACCUCCUCCAGAGCCACCAAAAAUGGAGGUCAAAGCAGAACCAGCUGCCAAACCUGUAAAACCCACACCAAAGGAAGAGCCAAAAGCUGCUGCAAAGGAACCCGAGUCCUCAAAAGGAAAAUCAGCCAAAGAUACACUGAGCAGAUUCUUCCGCUCAAAGAAGGUGGAUCCCUCAAAAGCCAGCACUCUGGAGGCUGCUGCGAAGCCAGAACCACCACCGCCUGUCCAGGAAGAAAAGAAAUUAGCCUCAAAAUCAUCCUUCUUAUCUUUCUUCAAACCUAAAGCUGAUGAACCCAAGAAGGCGACCCCAGCCCCAGCUGCAGGAGCAGAGGCAGCUCAGACAGUAAAAGCCAAAGAUGAACCUAAAGCAGCAGCCAAGUCAUCUGAGGCCGCUGUAGAUAACAAACCAGCCUCAGAUGCCUCCCAAGCUGGAGAUGAUGCAGCCAAAGGACCCAAAAAACUGGAGAAGAGGAAUUCCAUCCAUCUGUUCUUUAAAAAUCUGGGUCAGAAACGUCACUCUACAGAUGCCGGCGUCCAGACAGAGCCAGCGGUUGUUGCUCCAGCAGCUGAGAAGGCCAAAUGAAACCAAAACCAACACUGACAUUUUCCUGUACAGACCCCCUUCUCUUGUUCUUGCUCUUACUCAAUCUUUACUGUAUCUCUCUCUCUCUCUCUCAUAUCAACCCUUCAACCCCUAUUGAAUUACUUUAACGACAUUUUUUUUGUUUUUGUUACUGGUUAGUAGUUACUGUAUGAAAAAGAAAGGUUGCUAGAAGGAUUAGAGAAAGUGAAAAGGUGUGAAAAAGGGGAACAGUGGUCAGGUAGUUGAACACGUGCAGGUUUGAAAUAGUUGGAGGUUUACUUGAUGGUCUUGUUGUCAAGAUAUAUAUAUAUUUUUGAUCAUACAAAUGUCUUGACAAAUAUAGCAAUGUGAGAAGUGUGAAGCUUUUUCUACAGACAUUUAAUGUGACUUCUUUCUGUUUUUGCAACCUAACAAACUGGGCUUAUGCAAUAUACAGUGCCACGCUUUGCUUUUAGCAAAUAAUUUGUCUGAAACAUUUUAAAAACCACACGUGUCGUAUAGGUUAUAUUUUUUCAGUUCAUGCCAGAAAAAAUCAUGCAGUUGUGGCAACUCGGAGGUUAAUAUGAAAUGAUUUUGAAAUGGGUACUUAAAUUUGUAUGACACUAAAAAUUAAAAGCACCACGAUAGAUCUGUUCUGAUAAGAGCAGCAUGUUUAUGUAACACACUGCACUUAGAGAUUUUUUUUAACUUUAUGUGAGCUAUAUGUAGACUAAAGCACAUUCGUACAUUAGUGUUUAACAGUCAUGCUUUGGGGCCAUAUGGAAAAUCACAAUCUUUUUUUCUGUUCUGUUUUAUUCUGUGGGGAACUGAUUGUAAGUAUUCAGACAUAACAAAUGCAUCUGGGGUGGCAGAAUGGUGUCGUCGUGCAAAUAUGUCAUCGUGGUACGUUUCUGCAGUAGUCAUAAAUCACAUCCGAUUAGCUUUUUAAUCACAUAGCGGCACUUUGUGUCUUGUCGUUUUAUGGAAGUCUUUUGGUGUUUUGUGUUUGGCAUAUGUACAAUUAAUAUCAUGCUUUUGUUUGCCUAUAUGUAUGCGUGUAUUUGUAACUAUACAGCUAUC